AGUGAUGGCAGUGACUCCAGAUGGUAUAUCACUGAUACCGUCAAAUCCUCGUCCGGAUCCUUCAACUGAUAUCCGAGUCAUUGUACAAGUCUCGGACAUACAGCCUUAUCAAGACCGAUACUUUUUUACAGUGAGUGAUGGAAAUGCAAAGCUAUUUUCAUUUGUGCUUUUCUCAACUGCAAACAUGUAUGGAGAGAUUCGAAAUCUUGAUCUUAUAUGUAUCACUGAGUACUACGUUUGGUCCCGGUAUUUGUUGGUGCAUAAAUAUGAAGUUGUCUCUCCUCCUAAAAAGAUAGAAGUUAAGGAAGAAGCCGGCGAUAAUUUAAAGCCGAAGCAAGAAACCGAGGUGGAGACUUUUACCAAUAGAGAAGAUGCUCGUAUUGUUUUGAAACCAAAUCAAGAAGUAGCUAAGUCAGCUGCUCAAAACGAAGCAGUUUGUGUUUAUAAUGUAGAGUUAACUGAUGAAGAUGGUACUCGAGUCGAAGCAGUUGUGUUUAGCGAUGCUGCAACAAACUUCAUAGAUAGAUUCAAAGUGGGCAAGGUUUAUUACACAUCCAAAGUAUCUUUAAAAGAGGGAACAUAUGUUAAUCACAAAGAGCUUAAUGAUGGUGUGAGUGGAAAGAAGAAACAACAGUGGAGUGACGAGGAAGUUGAAGCGUUAGUCGAUAUUCUACGAGAACUUGCUUGUGAUCAAGAAAACAAGAAUACCAUGGUUGAAGUGCGAAAAAGACUAGUGCAAAAAUUUCCUGAUUUUGAUAAAGAUGUUAACCCACACAUAGACUCUAUGAUCAAAUAUCUUAGAAACAAGCAUAGUGCAAUUUCGGAGAUGUUGAUGCAACGCGGUUGUCGAUGGGAUUAUGUUGAUAACAAAAUCAAUUGUGAGAAGCAUUGGUAUGAUGACUGGUGUAAGGAUCACAAUAACGCAGUCGGAUUGUGGAACUUGAAAUUCCCGUAUUUGUACAAACUGGAUUCGCUUUGGGGCACAAAUAUAGCAACACAACUAAAAACCGAGGACAUUUCACAAGCAUGCGAGAAUAACAAUGACGAAAAUAUUGGUGUUGCGACAAAAUCUGAUUCUUGGGGCGAUGAGAAGUUGGAAGAGAUUAUUGAUGCACUUCUUAAUGUUAGCUUAGCUGACGAGGAUGUUGGAAGGGCUGCUGAACUUUGCUACAAAGAUCCCGACAAAGCUAAGUUAUUGUUUGCUUUGCCAAGUCCUAUAAAAAGAUCCUAUGUGAUGUCGUUCUUGUAUCCAGGGUCGCUAAAUCAUAUAAGAAAAUCCCAUUUCUAACUUUCGUUUAUAAAAUUUUCUCGAGCUUGUAGUGAUUUGUG